GAACGCAUCAGUAUUGCGGGGGGAAAGAAACAAUCAUGGCGGACGCGGUGUCUGAGAGUGAUCUGCAGGCUGUGAAGCCGCCGCCAAAACGCCGGCGCAUCCUGGACCCUUCAGCUAUCGUCCCGGUGCCCGUUUACUCCAACAAGGUCAGCAGCAGUCUGCAGCUGAAGCCGAUGGCGGCAGUGUUCACUGAAAAGGAAAACGCAGACGACGGGGCAGACGAGAGUUUGUGGUCGCGGUUUUCAUCUCGAGGACCGACGGCAUCGUCAGCCCCCGCCGUCAUCACCUUCAGUGAUUCUGAUGACGACGAAGCAGAAGAUGUGGAGAACAAACCAGAACGCCUGGAGAAGAGAACAGAACCAGAAGCCAUUCGCAGCCCGUCUCCUCCUCCUCCAGAGAGUCCGGUCCAGAAACAGUCCAGACAGGUCAAACAGAAGAUCAGGUGAGUCUGGAGUCUUUGCUCAGCUGCAGCUCACUCUUCUGGACUAAAU